AUGGAAAACGCCAAAGCCGAAGAAGCCGCCGCCCAGAUGCCACCCACCUAUGAAGCAGCCACGGGUGUUUAUCCCACACUCGCCGCCGAAGAAAAGCCGGUGCUCACCGAGAAGACCCACGAAAACGUGGUGCCUCUCGCGAAAAGCGAGAAAAAAGCGGAGAAACCCGUAGAGCGGAAGUGUUGCCUGUCGAGACGCGAAGUCGUCGGCUUCAAGUUGUUGAACCGGAAGGAGAAGCUCCAGGAGAAGCUCGACAAGAUCAGAGGGCUCGGCAAGGAGCUCCUCUCCGGCGGUAAGGUUGUCCGCGAGUGGGGAGGAGAAGAAGCCCCAGAAGAAGUGAGGGAAGCGCUUGCACGCUCCAUCUUCCAUCUGGAUCGCGCUGAGCAGAAGGCGUACCGCAAGAAGGAGAAAGCGGAAAAGAAACACGCUCAAAAACUCGAGAAGGUCUCGAAGAAGCUCGAGAAGGUGGCGCUCGUUGAAGCUGAU